CUUUAACUGCGCUUCCCAGAAAAUCAAAAAGCGUUGGGAAGAAUCCGAGUUGGAAAGAUUGGCUCGUUGCACAAUAGCGCUAUCUUCGAAGCUAACCAAGCUAGCAUGCGACUGAAACAAAUAACGUGUUCACCGCGACGGAUUUUUACUCACCAACAGACUCAUUUCAUUAAUGUGCUAUAGCAACGACUUUAACUAUAAACUCGAAAGAGGAAGUUUUGUGAAUGUGUGUUUGUUUCAUCAUGCGCAGAAGCGAUAACAUCACGCUCACUCGUAGUUCAGUACCUUACAGUCCAUGUUUUAAAAUGAAACGAACGGUAGAGAAAUGGUAAAACGACCGGCAAAUGCUUAUUCACCCAAAUCAUUUCACCUACAACUGCUCAUUAUGCAAAAUAAUCAACAUUUAUACGGUUGCGGUGACAUAUUUCUCAAAUUUAUAAUGGCCGCUCAUCUACAAAUGCAUGAUGAACUGUAUACAAACAUACUGUAAAACAUAAUUUGUAAUAAGUUAUUCAAUGGACCUCCCUCUGGUGUGUAUAUGCCUUUUCCACCAGUGGGCAGUAUAAUACAGCCAUAAUAGAAUACACUUAGGUCUGAUGGUACAAGACGAAUAAGAGUGCUGUAAAUAAGAUGCUCUACUAUUAGUUGUUUUUCGUAUAGGGGCUAAAUAAAAUAUAUAUCCCCGUGAGUAUGGUUUUAUUGUCUGUCUACAUGUGUUGCUGCACCGUUUGUCUUCUUCAAACAUCCAUUGCUUGAGUGGUUAUAACUACCGUGACGUUGAUCCGCCUUUGGUGUUUUGCAUUUAGCGAACUUUCGUGAGGCAAAGUUAUGUUGUUAUGAAGACACAACAUGUAAUUGGCAGCCAAUUUCACAACAUCCAGUCAUCGUCAGUUUACAGGGUUACCUCGCAGGGAAAGUACAGAUAUCGAUUGUAGUCUGUGCUCGUUUUCCUUUUUUUUCCUGUGCAGGUAUUUUGCCAAAUCUCUUUUCUCUAACCUUGAGUUCUAGGAAAGCGAGUGCUGAGAAGAAGAAGCAGAUGAUGUCCGUUGAAUUAAAGCUCGAAAUCACAGAAAAAUUCAGGCCGAAGGUUUCAAAGAGCAGGGAAAUGAGUUCUACGGCAAGAAAGACUACUCGGAGGCCUUCAAUUACUACACCAAGGCAAUUGAUGCAUGUCCCAAUGCCAGCUAUUAUGGCAACAGGGCAGCCACCCUCAUGAUGCUGUGUCGCUUCCGGGAAGCCCUGGAAGAUUCCCAGCAGGCCGUGCGACUGGACGACUGCUUCAUGAAGGGUCAUUUACGCGAGGGAAAGUGCCACCUGUCUCUGGGGAACGCCAUGGCCGCCGCACGCUGCUUUCAGAGGGUUCUGGAUUUGGAGCCUAGCAACAGAGAGGCGCAGCAAGAGAACAAGAAUGCAGAAACUCUGCUGGAGUUUGAGCGACUGGCGGAUUUUGGCUUUGAAAAGCGAGACUUCAGAAAGGUGGUGUAUUGUAUGGACCGGGCCUUGGCUCUGGCAUCUGCCUGCCACCGCUUCAAAAUCCUCAAGGCCGAGUGUCUUGCUCUCCUUGGACGCUAUCCCGAAGCUCAGUCUGUUGCCAGUGAUAUCUUGAGGAUGGAUUCCACAAACGCAGACGCGCUUUACGUGCGAGGCUUGUGUCUUUACUACGAAGACUGCAUCGAUAAGGCCGUGCAGUUCUUCAUGCAGGCUCUGCGCAUGGCACCGGACCACGAAAAGGCCCGGCUUGCCUGCAGGAAUGCCAAAGCCUUAAAAGCCAAGAAAGAGGAAGGAAAUCUGACAUUUAAGAACAACAGCUACGAAGCCGCCUAUCAGCUGUAUAGCGAAGCCCUCGGGAUUGACCCCAACAACAUCAAGACCAACGCCAAACUCUACUGCAACAGAGCCGCAGCAGGAGCCAAGAUGAAUAAACCCAAUCAGGCUAUUGACGACUGCACCAGUGCCAUCAAGCUCGACGACACCUACAUCAAGGCCUACUUGAGAAGAGCGCAGUGUUUCAUGGAAACCGAGCAGUAUGAAGAGGCUGUCCGGGACUACGAGAAAGUGUACCAGACUGAAAAAACGUCAGACCACAAACAUCUGCUGAAGACGGCCAAGUUGGAGCUGAAAAAGAGCAAGAGGAAAGAUUACUACAAGGUGCUGGGAGUCGGCAAGAACGCCUCGGAUGACGAGAUCAAAAAAGCCUACCGCAAACGGGCCCUGAUGCACCACCCAGACCGCCACAGUGCGGCCACCCCCGAGGUGCAAAAGGAAGAGGAGAAGAAGUUCAAGGAAGUAGGCGAGGCCUUCACCGUUCUGUCUGACCCCAAAAAGAAGAUUCGCUACGACAACGGGCACGACCUCGGUGACGACGGAACCUUCGACGGCGGAGAUGUCGAUGCAAACAACAUCUUCAGAGCUUUCUUCGGUGGCCAUGGUGGAGGAUUUAGUUUUGAUUCCAGCGCAGAGUCUGGACCUGGGAAUCUGUUCUUCCAGUUUGGUUAAAGAGACGAAGGCAUUCAGGAUUUCAAAUGCAGCUCUUGAGUGUACAGCAUCAAGAUGGAGCCACAGUCACCUGAAACCUCAACUGCUGUUCUCAAGACUUUUGGAUUAAAUCACAAAUUGAUAUUUAAAACAAAACAAAAAAAAACAACAAUGCAGUUCAGGUAGUGAAACGAGCACCAUCGGAACAUGCUGCUAUUGCCAAAAUGAAAACAACUGAUUCCUAUGUUGUGUUCUUGGUAAGGUGGAAAUGGAAGCAUCAUAUUUGAUUAGUUUUAGAUAUUAAGUGGUUAUAUUUGUUGUAGAUUUUUUUUUUUUUUUUUUGGGGGGGGGGGGGGAUUCUCACAGAAUGAGUUAUCAAUACAAGACCUCAGGACAUCCUAACAAAAGGUCUCGUGCAAGUCUGUCCAGGCUUCUUCCUUCCUCUCAUUCUCUAUCAUGCUGCAAUGUAUAUUUCACAUGAAUGUAAAGUCCAUAAAUGUUUCUUCCCCCCUCUCCUUUAAGUCCUCCUUGUGAUCUAUUUAUAUUUAUUGCUCUUUAUAACUAUUAGUGUUAAAAUGCUUAAAUUUGCAUCUCUUGGUAUAUUUUCAGCCAAGAAUUUGGGGGCAAAUGUGUUUCAUGAUGGUCCUCUUUUGGAAGUAAUUUGACAGUCCACCACUCCCCGACAGUGAACCUAACCAGAAGGAAGUGAUGCGACCGUAUUGGCUAACAGUCAGUUGCAAGUGAACUCUUCUAGUAUGAACUUUUUUCAUAUAAAUUCUAACCAAAGGGUCACACUAAAUUAUCAAACUGCGAUGCAAUAAUCAAAUAUACUCGAUAAAUCACAUGGCAGGAAAAAAAGACAACCCUUCCUGACUUACACCUCUUUCUUGUACCACCUGUUUAAAGGCCCACUAAAACUAUAUGUGGAAAACCUCUUGCUUAAUUGCCGUUUGUGUGCGCGUGUGUGUAUAUAUAUAUAUAUAGAGAGAGAGAGAGAGACGCACACUUUUUUCUUAGAACAUGGCCAAGAUUAAUGAUGUUUUUGUUAUAAAUAAAGACUCGUCUUUUAUUGUCA